GGGAAAGUCAAAAGCUAGUUUAGUUUAAUUUAUAUGAAAGUGUUCAUAUUUUAUAUUGGAGGAAAGUGUAUAUUAUAAAAUGAGAUUAACUUGGGAGAGUAUCACUUUUUAGAAUAUAUAAAAUCUGAAUACUUCGGGCAUAUUUUUUUAAUUGAACUGAACCUCGAGUUGAACUCAAAGUCGACUCUUCCUUAUCAAGUAUGACUCUAUCUAAGCCCAAUUCAACCAUCCUUUUCAACAUAUAUAUUCAAAGAUAAUCACCUGCCACAUUUUUUCUUUCUUUCUUUCUUUCUUUAGUCAGCCGCCAACUAUCCGUAUUGCAGUUGGAUCAACUUUGAGAAGCUAGCUUGUUGCUGCUGGCUGCAUUGCGUGUAAACGCGCGAGCAAAUCAAACAAUAAUGAGGCAAAUGAAGACAUUAUUUGUAUAUGUUCAUGUUGGAGAAGAAGGUAAUAUGAUGCAGCAGCUUCUGGUGAACAGAGACACUGCCAGCCUGGGAUAUUGGUUGGACUGGAGAGUCUUCUUCUGUGGAACAAUGGUCAUCUUCUUCAUGUUCAUAGCAUUCUUUCUUUUAUGGAAAUAUGAAUGGUCAGCUGUGAAGGAUGAAUCUGGUGGCCGAUAUGCUGACGAUCAGCGGCAGUGGGAAGAGGGGAAAGCUGCAGCGGCGGCGGCAUGGAGGCCUUGUGUGAAAGAAGUAAACCCAUUCUGUCUGCUGGCUUUCCGUUUGGUUUCUUUCUGUCUACUCUUAGCGACAUUCUCUUGUCAUGUGGUAGUUUAUGGAGGCAGCUUGUUUUACUAUUAUACCCAGUGGACUUUUACUUUGGUUACCAUUUACUUUGGGUUUGGGUCAGUGCUUUCGAUAUAUGGAUGCUCCCAGUACAUAAAAGCAACGAUGACAGUUAUUAAUGAUGAUGAUGAUAGAUGGAAGGAAGGGUUAGAAGAUAAGCUUCUUAUUACAGCAAGCGCAGGGGAAUACUGUAAUGGUGAUCAUCAUCAUCAUCAUGUCAUGAAAAGAGAACUAACUGACGAUUGCCACAAUACAGACAUUUACCCAAAGAGAGCUGCACUUCUUUGUGGCUAUAUUUUUCAAGUUCUUUUCCAGAUAGGUGGCGGAGCAGUGGUGCUUACAGAUAUAGUCUACUGGUUCAUCAUUUUCCCCACUCUCGAUGAUUCGGACUUGACUCUUGAUUGGAUGACGAUCAUGUUCUUGUUUCAUCCGUUUACAGCUGACAGUAGUUGCACAUUCACUUAAUAUGCUGCUUCUUGGCGAUGCAUCUUUUAAUUGCUUGCCAUUCCCAUGGUUCCGGAUUGCUUACUUUAUUUUCUGGACUGGUGCCUAUGUUUUAUCCCAGUGGAUUGUUCAUGCUUUACAAUCUAUUUGGUGGCCUUACCCUUUUCUCGACUUAUCAACCCCAAAUGCUCCCCUCUGGUAUUUGGUGGUAGCACUAAUGCAUAUUCCAUGCUAUGGUACUGUUGUAUUACUAGUUGAACUGAAAAAAUGGGUAUUGUCCAAAUAUCUUCCCAGUUAUGUUGUGUUUUGAGAUUUGAGAUGAGAUCAUAAGUUCAUGUUAUCAUCAUCUUAUGAUUGUUGAACACCCCAUCUUAUAGAUUUAUUAUGUAUUCAUUGAAUGUAAAUUCUGUACAAUUUUUUCUGUGUAAG